GUUCCCCGCAGUCUGGCGUCGCUGGUCGACGUAUGCGGAACUGGUCUCGUGCAGCCGGUCGUCCGCCCGCGCGCGCGCGCACGCCUCGCUCUGUCUCUCUCUCUGUCUCUCUCUCUCUUUCUCUCUCUCUCUCUCCUCUCUUUCUCUCACUCACUCCCGAGUCUCUCUUUCCCUCUUUCUCUCUGGGGUGCGUCGAGGUGUACUGCGACUCCCGGAGCGCACGGAGUAGGCGCGCGAAGCAAGCCAACGAGUGUGGUGCAGCGCCAGAGUGCGAGUGUGCGAGCAGCGCCAUGACGAGCAUCCUCCUCCCGCGAUGACUCGAUAACCGCACGCGCGCGAGCGAGUGAGAGAGCGAGGGAAAGCUGCUGCGGGAGGCGGCGAUGAGUGCGGUGUCAGUGUCGUCGCAAGCUCGUCAGCAGGUGCAACCAGCAGCAGCGGUAGCGAACUGGAGCGGGCUCGGGGAGCUUUCGCCGGCGGGGACGAGCAGUCGUCGCGGUCCUCUCCACUCAUGAGGCCAGCCGGCUGAUGGAUAUCUUCUUGGACAGGCCAAAUGCCGAGGGCGAGACUAAGAUACUGACAGAAACAGACGAGUACAGAAUGGGUUCCUGCGGGGUGUACUUAUCUCAGCUACGAGCUAUGCUCGUUAGGAAUCUCCUUCUGAAAAAGCGAGAGAAGAGAAAGACAACAGCGGAAAUAUUCCUGCCCCUCUACAUCCUUGGAAUAUUAAUUGUGGUGAAGGUUCUGAUACCGAAUCCGAACUAUCCCGCAAUUACUACCCAGAGGCAGGAGGGCGAUAUCUUCGAGUUCUUCAACGGCUACAAGAACAACACCAUAGCCGUUGUGCCGAACACCACGGAGACUGUUGAAUUCCUAAAUUUCACGAACCAAUUGUGGCUGUCGAUGUGGGAUUCCCCCAACAAGCAUCAACUGAACUUCAUCUACUUCGACACGACGGACGAUCUGCAAGCUGCUUACUGGAGGGAACCAUACAGCAUACCACUGGCCGUCAUUUUCGAGGAUCCACAGCCCAAGACCAGCAGAUUAGAAUAUGAGAUACGGACGAAUCCCUCGUACACGACGCCGCCGUCACCGACCGAAAUGCUCUCAUCUUCGGUGACCUGUCGGAAGGACACCAGUCACUGGAUGGGUGGUGUCCUGUCCAUAGAAACCGGUGGCUCGUGUCCCGUCAAUAAUUAUUUUUUAUCCGGCUUCAUGGCCUUGCAGCUGCUGUUGGAUAUUACGAAAAUCAGGUUGGAUACCGAGAAUAACGAUAUCACGGUGCCGGACAUCAAGCUGGAGAUGUUUCCAAAGGAAGCGUACACGGCUGAUUGGAUGCUCGCCUUCAGAGUUGUGAUUCCUCUAUACAUGGUGCUAGCCCUCUCUCAGUUCAUAACAUAUCUGUUAAUUUUGAUCGUCGGCGAGAAGGAGAACAAAAUCAAGGAGGGCAUGAAGAUAAUGGGUCUAAAGGAUUCCGUAUUUUGGUUAUCGUGGUUCAUCAUUUACGCAGCCUUCGUCCUACUACUGUCGGCCGUCGCGGUCGUUCUCCUCUUUACUUUACAGAUGUUCCAGCACACGCAUUUCCUGCCGAUAUUUUUGCUAGUCGUGCUCUACAGCUUCUCCGUCAUUAUGUUCGCCUUCAUGAUAACGCCGUUCUUCGAUAAAUCACGCACCGCUGGUGUCCUGGGUAACUUCGCGGUGACGAUUCUGAGCCUAAUGUACUUCAUCCAGGUGUUCGUUGACGACUCGAGCUCGAUAUCGUUUUGGCUCGUGUCACUGUUGAGCCCCACGGGAGUAGCCUUGGCAAUGGACAAGGCUCUCGUGUUGGACCUGCAAGGCGAGGGUGUGAACUUCGACAAUCUCUGGUCCGGUCCUGGAAUCCCCUUCGGCGGAAGUCUCGUGAUGAUGACCCUGGACAUAUUUCUCUACGGACUUUUAGCCUACUAUCUCGAUUCCGUCGUUCCGAGCGAAUACGGAACAAAGCGACCAGCCUGGUUUUGCUUCACGCCAGGCUUCUGGUGCAAGAAGAACAAGGCGCCGAGAGUAAGUUCAGCCGAGCGCGUAAAUAGCACAAUCACCACAACCGGCGCGUCCCUCGAUGGCGGCGCGUCGGUCGAGUCGCAUGCACGAGUCGUUGUUGUUAAAAAGCCCACGAUACGAAUCGCUGCCGAUGAUUGCCAGCAGGCGCCGGCGGUGAACGGCGAGUCCAACAGCUUCAUCCCGGGCGAGGAGGCGAACCGCGACGUCGAGCCCGUCGUCCGGGAGAUGAAGGGUCGCGAGGCGAUACGCAUCGUCGAUCUUUACAAGUCCUACAGCAAGUGCCGGAGACCCGAGGUCAAGGCCGUCAACGGCAUCAACCUCACUAUUUACGAGGGCCAGAUAACCGCGAUACUCGGUCACAACGGGGCCGGCAAGACGACCCUCUUCAAUAUUCUCACGGGACUGACCUCACCCACCGCGGGCACAGCCCUGAUAUUCGGCUACGACGUCAGGGACUCCAACGACAUGCACAUGAUACGCAGCAUGACCGGCGUCUGCCCGCAGCACGACAUCCUCUUCGAUCUGCUCACGCCGAGGGAGCACCUUGAGUUCUUCGCCGCCGUCCGCGGCAUCCCCCGGGGCACUAUAGAGCACGAGGUCAAAAAGACCCUGAAGGACAUAGACCUGCUGGAGAAGGCGGACACGUUCGCCAAGUACCUGAGCGGCGGCCAAAAGCGCAAGCUGUCGGUGGGCAUAGCCAUAAUCGGCGAUCCGAAGAUCAUCAUCCUCGACGAGCCGACCGCUGGGGUCGAUCCCUACUCUCGCCGACAGAUGUGGUCGUUCCUGCAGUCGCGGCGCCACGGCAAAGUCAUACUGCUGACGACGCACUUCAUGGACGAGGCGGACAUACUCGCCGACAGGAAGGCUGUGAUUAGCAAGGGGAAGCUUCGCUGCUGCGGCAGCUCCUUGUUUCUCAAGAACAAGUUUGGAAUUGGAUACCACCUCACGCUCGUGCUGGAGGGCAACGUCCGGGAGAACGCGAUAACGCGACUGGUCUCCUCGCACGUGACCAAGGCCGAGAAAGCUCGCCGACACGGUCGCGAGCUGAGCUUCAUCCUGCCGCACAACUCGGUGGAGAACUUUGCGCCACUCUUCUCCGCCAUCGAGCAGGAGAUCAAGACCAAGGCCCUCCGACUGGGCAUCAGCAGCUACGGCGUGUCCAUGACGACGCUCGAGGAGGUCUUCCUGCACCUGGAGAAGGACGAGGAGACCGAGUGCACGAUGGACAACUUGUCGAAGAAGAUGGUGAGGAACCGGGCGCUGAGCAGGUCCCUGUCGCUGCAGUCCAAGAGCACGUCGUAUCAGAGUCUCCAGAACGAGGGCACGAUCGUCCAGAACGACGCUCAGAAGGGUGAGUAUUCAGAAGGACAAAAAACUUUAUCAAGAAUGAGGCUAGAGUUUGGUAGCAUUUUCGCUCCGAAAGAUUUAAAAGCCGGUACGAACGAGCUACCAGACGGGACAGCGAGCAACGACAAGAGCCCGGCGAUACUGGGCCUCGGACUGGACCCCAUCAAGAUACGACCCAAUGUCAUACAGACGUUCUACGCUAUGCUUAAACUCCGAGUGCUCCGGCUCUUCAGAAGCAUCCAGCUGUUGUACUUCACGAUCGUCGCACCCCUGGCCCUCGUCGUGCUCGGCCUCUAUCUCAACAGCAUAAAGACCCCCAACAUAGGGAUGCAGAGCCUCAUUCUGAACAAUGAGAGCUACGGUCCCGACACGAACAUCAUGUACAUCAACAGCACGAACCGCGACAUCUCGCCGCUGGUCAACAGCAUCGGUAAGAUAAUCAACCGGUCGGAGGAGUACGACGGGACCUUUGUCGAGCUGCUCAAUCGGGCGCCGCACAUGGCCAUCUUGAACGUCACCGACUAUAACUACUCAAGGGUGAACUUCACGGUUAUGUACAACGACACGAUGCAACAUUCAUUGCCGAUCGUUUUGAAUGUCUUUACCAACGCGCUCUACAAGCUACACAGUACAGAAGUGACGAAGCCGAUAAACCCGAUACAAGUGAAGAGUCAGCCGUUCAGGCAGACAUCCCAGCCUCAAGAGUUCAACAUCGGUAUAGCCAGUUCAGCGCUGUUUAUCGGCAUGGACCUCGUCUUAGUGCCCAUAACUCUGGCCGUCGACAUGGUUUACGAUCGCGAAAUCAAAGCCAAGAACCAGCUGAGGGUGAACGGCCUCUCGUUCACGAUGUACUUCUUCACCUACUUCGUGGUGCUGCUCGGUCUGAUGAUGUUCAUCUGCCUCUGCAUCCUCGGCAUCAUCUUCAUGUUCCAAGUGCCAUCGUUGCAGCAGGUGCCAGCUCUGCUGACCCUGGGCGGCCUCAUCAUCCUCUACUGCCCCUCGUCCAUAUUCUUCUCGACCUGUCUCGCCUACAUGUUCGACAAGAUGGACUCGGCCCAGAGUUUCCUGCCCAAUAUCGCCACGUUCUUCGGACUGAUACCGUUUCUGCUGGUCAUGAUCCUGGACAUGCUGGGUGUCGGUGGUAUCGCCGCGUUCGCCUUGCACGUGGUAUUCUCGCUGUGCAACACGAUGUACGUGCCGUACGCCGCGCUGUACUACAUCGACCGAGUCUAUCUCAUGUGUACCAUGAACGCGACCUGUCGCCACCUGAGCAUAUCGGAUUACCUCACGAGCGAGAUCAUCGUCAUGGCGCUCGGAGUGAUGCUGCACUGCCCGCUUUGGUUCUUCGUGCUUCUGCUGCUCGACACCAAGAAGAGCGGAGGGAACGUCAAGGACUUCUUCAAGUACUACGUGCGCAACGGUGGCUCGAUCGGCGAGGAAAUUAUGGAGAACAACGACGUUGGCGACCACGAGGACGAAGACGUGAAGAACGAGAGACAGAAGGUCUUCAACCUGAUGAGCUCGACGUCGGUGCAGGAGCCCCCAGUGGUGCUCGUCCAGAACCUCCGCAAAGAGUACCGGCAGCAAGAAGCCACGUCGUGCAGUUGCUGCUCGAAGCGCGAGGAGGAGCAGCCUCCGCCCUCCAAGAAGAUAGCCGUGCGAAAUCUCUCGUUGGCCGUCGAACCGGCCGAAGUGCUUGGACUCCUGGGUCACAACGGCGCCGGCAAGACCACCACCAUGAAGAUCAUCAUCGCGGAGGAGGCAGCCAGUCGCGGCCGAGUCCAGAUCGGUGGUCACAACAUCAACUCCCACAUGUCCGAGGCGUUCAGGCAGAUGGGAUACUGUCCCCAACACGACGCACAGUGGAAGAACAUCACCGUGAGGGAGCACCUCGAAUGCUACGCGGCCAUUCGCGGCGUUCCCUGGGGCGACAUCAGCAGAAUCGUCGAUCUGUACCUGUCAGGUCUGCAAAUCCACGAACACGCCGACAAGCAGACGCAGGAGUGCUCGGGAGGAACGAGACGGAAGCUCAGCUUUGCCAUGGCCAUGAUCGGAGGACCCAAGGUCGUGCUCAUGGACGAGCCCAGCACGGGAAUGGACCCACGUUCCAAGCGAUUCCUCUGGGAUACCAUCCUCGCCAGUUUUCAGGGCGGCAGAGGCGCGAUCCUCACGACGCAUUCGAUGGAGGAGGCGGACGCCCUGUGCUCGCGCGUCGGCAUAAUGGUGAAAGGCGAGCUGCGCUGCAUCGGCUCCACGCAGCACCUGAAAAAUCUGUACGGCGCGGGCUACACGCUGGAGAUGAAGCUGCUGGGAGGUGACUGCACCCCGACGACUCCCUCGGGCAACCGAGUCAGCUGUCUCAAGGAAUUCGUCACGGGCAUGUUCGCCGACGCCACUCUCGAGGAGAGCUUCGCAGACAGGCUCGUCUUCGCUGUGCCCCAGCACUCGGUGCAUUCGCUGGCCGAAUGCUUCACUCAGCUUGAGAAAGCCAAGAUGGAAUUGGAUAUCGAAGAGUACAGCUUCAGUCAGACGACGCUCGAGCAGGUGUUCCUCAAGUUCUCCCACUACGACGCGCCAGACGCCAAUGACUGAGAGGCAGCACCAGUGACGCCUGCUCAGGACGUCGCUUGAGGCAGACACGCGAGAAGGUUGAGCGAAACACACACCAACACACACACACACACACACACACUCUCUCACAGACACCCACUGUGCAGAAAAGCGGAAGUCCGCGCAAUUUUGCGGCGCAGUCCAGCCGAAUCGUCUUGGAAGAUUUAGGCAGUAAGUUGACGCGCGACGGACUUCUGUACCCAUAUGAUAUGAAACGUACAUCGCAGCAACUCCCCCCGUUCCAUCACACAAAAACAGAGACUACAUGGAACUCUCUAUCUCUGCCCCUCUGCAGCCCCCGUCCCAGCCCUCCUCGCUGAAGACGACGGUGACGACGUCUAUAGACUGUUGGUUUUUUCUACGUGCUUUUAUUUCCGCAGUCCUUUGACUUCAAUUACACGAAUAUCAAUCCGAUACUAUUCUAUUUAUUUAUAUUCUACUAGAUGAUUACGAGAUGUAACCGCAAAAGUGAACUUCUGUGUAAUUCCGAGAAUAGGAGAGGCCCAUCGCGCGAGCGAGAUCCUGUUCACUGAAAUGUGUUCGUGCCGGUUUUUAUCUUUCCCUUUACUCUUGCGCGCAUUAGCGAUGAAGCGUCUAUCUCACAUUAAACGACGACGAGUAUUAUUAUCUUAUAUAUACUGUAUUCUGUAAAUAAUAGGCCAGCGCGUGGCAGGCGCGCGCGGUUAUACAAUAUUAUACAUAUAAAAUAUAAAGUAACAAAUAUGUAGAGGAGAAUUUUUCGCGGAGAGAGCGCGCGGCGAUGAGUGAGUUUUAUUCGUGCUGCUUCAGUUCAAACGGUAUUUUCAACACGUACACACACUCUGUGUCAUCACUAACAUUUAUUAUUAUUAUUAUCAUUAUUAUUAUUACUAUUAUCAAGAUAACGAGAGCGAGAUGAUGUUUCGCCCUUCGAAUCGAGGAAUUUUAUAUUGAAACUGAGUUCGCGGGAUGAUUGCGGGGCAUCGCCAAGCGCGAAAGAACGUGUAUGAUGUAAAAAACAAAAAAACAAAUAGUUAUUGUGGCUGAAUCGAAUACAACGUCAUCGAGGAUUCAAUAAAGUAGCUGAUAAAGUCCAUUCUCAUAAUUAUCGUGAAGAAAAUUUGUAAGAGAGAAAGAGAGCGAGAGGAAGCAGCGAAAGGUUCACGAUGAACUAUUCAUAGACUUGUGAUGUAAGGCGUAAAAAGAAAAAUAUAAAUAUAUAUCAAAUCUCUGCAUGUAAAUAAAAAUUUGUUUACGCAUGACCCUUACGGCCGUGUUUAUAGGUGGUUAUACACUCAAAGAUGCUGAAUACAGUAUGGUUAACUAGAUUUUUCAUUUUUUUAGACAAUGAAUAAACCAAGGUUUGAUAUAAAACGCCUCAAGUGUAUUUCAGUGUCAAGUGUGUACUGUCGCACAAUGUUUUGCCGCGCUUGUGUAUGGAAAGCUGCGGAAGUCAGUGUAGCUGUGUACGAUAGUACGACUAGGCGCCGGAGUAUAUGAUACAUAAAGAGUACGAGAUCAUUUGCAAUAAUUAUUUUCUAAGUGUAUAAAAAAUGCAUUAACAGCGAGGAAACAGACGAGCGAAUAAAAAAUCAGCGUAUCGAGUGACGAUAACAAGAAAACAAUUAUAUUAAGACACUGAUAAAAAAAAGUUAAUUAUAUAACGCAUGCAUAACCACCGACAACAAUUACUAUCACUUUUUCGUACAAAAGCAUGCAGCAGGAGAAAAAUCGAGUCGACAGCACCUUGAUGUCAUCUAUACAACUUUUCUCGAGCUCGCUCUCGAGGUCCUCAUACUCUCACGAUAUACACAUUGAAUACCGCAUACACUCGUAGAAACGCUAUACUAAGAUUUGUGAUUAUGUUAUAUACAAAAAGUAAACACGUGACAAGCACGCAGAUAGUACACACACCUUUGAUUUUCGAAUAGUAUUGUAACCAGUAAGAAGUCUGAUGCGGAGACACGACGACGCGCACAGGCAAGAGCGUAAAAAAAGAGUUAAUUAUCCACAAGCUUGUGCGUGCGCAGUGUGUGUUUUUCUGUCAAACUUUUGACGGCGUAUACGUUCGUGUAGACGAGAAAAAAUAAGUAAAAAAAUAAAAAGAAAGAAUAAACCGAUUACAGUAUAUAGCUGAUCGUUAUAAGUACUUAGACCGCAGCGAUAAGACCGGACGAUGACGACGAGAAGAAUCUUAGUAAAAUAUUAUAUAAACAUUCUAAAAGAAGAAAAAUUCGAUUGUAAAGCUGGCCCGAUGAGCUCUGCGAUUAACGAACGAUUGUAAUAGUUAUAUUAUCAUUAUUAUUAUAAACACGAAGAAGGCUGCGGCGUUUUAUCCUGAAACUCGCGUCUCGGCUCGAAUUGCAUUAUUUUAUAGGUAUUUAGGCUGUUUCAUAUUAGUGAUAUUAACACACGCAAAAGAGUGCACGAGACGCGUUUCAGUCGGCUGCCGGCCUCGAGCGAAAAGAGAAAAACUCCUAUAGCUUUUAGUGAAUUUUAUCAAAGACUCUAUUAUCACGAAAAGAAUAGAACACGGAACGAAAGAGAUUAAACAAAAUUAUCGGACAUCAAUCCAGCUAUCUGGAAGAGCAACGUUUUUACGCGAGUCUCGCAUAUUAUAAUAAUAAUACUGUGCUCCUUUCUCAUACUUGCAUACGAUUAACGAUAUAGCGAUAUAACGUAUAUAAGAGAACUUUUGUCACUCUUCGAGCGAUGAUACCCAAGUAAAAUUGUUAUAUAACCGACAGCAAGGAAUAAAUACCGAUUGGCACUUACGGGUUUGUAUAUUGCGCAAUCAUAUAGGAAUUUCGUUUCCACGAAUUUAUCGUUAGAAAAUUUUAUCAUCGAGGUAUAUAACAAAAAUACACGAACAAAUAAAAGAAACAAGAAAAAAAAUCAAGUAACAUGUACGCGCGAGGCAUUUGUUCACACACACCCACAUACACAGGCGCACGAGAUUGCAACGGCGUUCUAAAACAUGUAGCGAGACUGAGUGGAAGAGUACGCGAGAGAGAGAGAGAGAGAGAGAGAGAGAGAGAGAGAGAGAGAGAGAGAGAGAGAAUAUUAAGAGCGAAAGGACGCGAGGGAGUUUUGCUGUGUCACACGUUCGGACUGAACGAAAUAUUUUGUAGGUGCGAAAACAUGAGGAAAAAAAGAAAUAAAAUAAAACAAAAUAAAAUUAUGUAGGUAGUGAAAUUUCAAAUUUUGUCACAGUGGAGUAUAAGGAAAAGCGUUUUUUGUAUAUAUAUAAAUGAUGUUAUGUAAUAAUGAUUAAUAAAAAUUAAAAGUCGUAUUUGAAUGAAGUACAUAAUGAUAAGGAUAUGAACUACAUGCAUAAAUAUAUAUAAUAGGGAUUAUACACACGGAAGACACGCCUAUGUAUAUUGUCGAGCACGAUGGACAUUCGUGCGCGCGCAUUAUAAAUGCUGCAUCAAAACGAGCCGAGGAAUGAGAAGAUGCCGGCGAGAUUAGAAGCAAGAUGAAACAAUGUGUAAAAUUUAGUCAAUUAUUAUCACAUGAUCACUACGCGAGUAAUUUAGCAAAAAAUUGUUUCGUAUUAUACAGUAUCAUUAUUAUAUAACAGCCCCCGGGCGCUUGCAUCGACAUCAUCGUGUAUUAAUCGAGUAAGAGAUCACCCACACACACACACAUACACACACACAUACAUUAACACAUACACACUUCGCAAACACCCAUCACACGAUUUAAAAUAGUCAUAUUAUUAUACCGAGAUUCUUGUAUACUUUUAUCGCGCCUAAACGAGAACGAGCGAAGAAAGGAGAAAAGUGAAAAUAAUAGAAACUGUAUAGUAUCCCGUCGUAUCGGCAGAGCAGUCGAUCACGCGCAGCUUUCUGACAUUUUAAUUUUUCGUUUCUCCGUUAUAACGAGAACAAACAAGCAAAAGGGAAAUGACAUCAGUGUCUUGGACUAUUUUAUUAUUAUGCACAUUAAUAUGGCACGUAAGCACAAUAUAAGAACAAACGAAACGAUGGAUGAAGAUAAACAACAAACAUCAGGUCCGCUUUCUGAGAAAAAAAAACGAUAUAUGCGCCACCACAUACUUGAGCAGAGAUAAUAGCUAUACCAGUCAUACUCGAGUCCAUUUUUUGCUGAAAAAUAAUAUACGAUCUGAACCUCUUGGAAUCACGAUACAUAUGUGUAUAUAUUCAUAUAUGUAUCGUCUGGAUAAACUCUGAGGCCAACGCGUGUAUUUGUUAAUGCGAAUUGUAUGUAAAAUCAGUUGUUUAAAACAAUGCUUUUUCACUAAUAAAAUUUAUCGAAAGAUCGAACGAUCUCGCAGUUUCCAAUAGCGA